GGGCUACCUGGGAGCCACGUGAUCCAAACGGAUGAUGGCGGGCGCGGCAGAAGAUAUGCGAGAGCUCUUCGGAGCUGCUGUUCGAGCGGCUCUAGAUGCUUGGCCUGCUUUGCAGAUCGCUGUGGAGAAUGGCUUCGGGGGCGUGCACAGCCAGGAGAAGGCCGAGUGGCUGGGGGGUGCAGUGGAGGAUUACUUCAUCGCCAAUGCUGACUUAGAGCUGGAAGAGGUGGAAGAUUUCCUUGGGGAGCUGAUGACCACUGAGUUUGAUACAGUUGUGGAAGAUGGGAGCUUGCCCCAGGUGAGUGAGCAGCUACAGACCAUGUUCUACCACUUCCAGAAGGGUGAUGGAGCUGCUCUGCAGGAGCUGGCCUCUCACAUCAACGAAAAGAUGUGCAAAGUCACUGCUACCCCAGUAAAGACAGCCAGAGAAACUGAUGUGGAUGAAGAUGAAGUAGACAGCGUGGAAGAAAUGGAGGUGACAUCUACAAAUGAUGGGGCCAUGAUGGAUGGGAUCUGCCCCCAGCCUCAACCGCCUGAGCCAGACUCCCAGACUAUUAAGGAAGAGGAUAUAGUAGAAGACGGUUGGACCAUUGUCCGGAGAAAGAAAUGAGUAGGGCAGUAAAUGGUUUGGGUAUUAUGAGAGAGUCAUAGGGGCUGUUUUGGAGGGUUAUACACCUCUAUCCUGAUAACCAUAUUCCUACCUUGUUCCCCUGUCCUUCCCUCCAGGGGAAGAAAAGCCUUGGUUGUGUUAAUGGGACCUAUUCCAGCCCCUUGAACCUUAAGGUACCACAUGAGAGAUAAGACCAGGUUUCCCAGCAUAGUGCCUCGUAGGUGCUGUGAAUGUGAAGAUGGUUGAUGAGUAUGGCUGUGGUUGGAGUGGAAGCCAGACUUGUGGACAGUAGGCAGGUACUUUUGUGGAAAGGAUGAGAAUCCACAGUGGGAGGCUGGCUGGAUUGGGAAUGGUGAGAUAAACAUAUGGUUGGAAGAGUAAGUGUGGCACCUCCCCAGUAUCCCCACCCCAGCCUCCCACGGAGCAACUCUUUACCCUGCCCAGAACUUGCAUCCUCCUGUGAAUGCUCCCACCCUGAAUACUCUUGAGUUUGAAGGGCUUGACUAAGUGGUGAACUUGAGAAAGUUGGGCUGUUUUAAGUCCAGGGAUGAGGCUUAAGACCUUAAUAACAUAACACCUUCUUGUUUAAUCCAUGACUUAACCUUGGAAUGGGCCUUCUGAGAGCUGAGCUUCAGAGUUCAGUGAAAGAAUAGUUUUUGCACCCACCCCACCCCCAGUAACCUUGGACUUUGGACAAACGGACGGACCAUAGCAGUGCUCUGAAAGUUACUGUAAGCCUGAAAUAAACUGUAUUUUUCUUUAAAAAACAGUAUCCAUUGUCCUCCCCCCCCUCCCAUUCCCGUCCUGCCCAGUGGCCCUGCCAUGGGUCUGGACGAUAAAAUACUGGAUUGCUUUGGGGCUAGGUAGAAGCUAUAAGCCAUGGGAAAGGCAAGAAGGGCCUAGUCACCACCCCAUGUAAAGUCAUACAUGUGAAGACACUGGCUGAGGGGACAAGGGUGGGUUGGGGUUUCAGGGUCAGUAGCAGAGCUGGCACUUGAAUCCAGGUCUCCUGCCACUGGUACUUUUGGGGGAAACUGGGUGGAAGUAGGAUCUGGGGUAUUGGGAGGAAACAGCCUAAUUCAAGUGAGUCUAGCAAUUAGCUCCUGCCCUCCCUGGGGACAGGGAUUUAAAAAAUUAACAUCAAUGUAGGAAUAGUUUUUUUAAAAGCCCACAUUUUGUGAAAAGAUGAAUUAAAAAACCCAAGACCCAGCAUUCGGGAUUGAAAGUGCCCGUGAUGGGAAUUCAAGUAUUGACUGCAUUGGGAGUGGGCUGAAGCCCCCAAUUGAACAUGGGCAUCUGGAGUGUGGGGCAGGAGUUUCCAGUUCCGCCCAAACCCUCUAGGUCUUGUCUCGGGUCUGGGAGGCUUCAGGAGGUUCAGCAGUGGCUCCUGAGGCUGCCACUGGUGUCUCCUCCAUCUCCUUGUCCUCAGACAGUGUGGGCCCUGGGCAGAAUGUGUCCCCACGGCCCGCCCUGCCAAGCACAGCCAUCCAGCGCCGCUGGAGUUCUUCUGUCUCUGGGCUGAAGUACCAGCUUAGGUGGCUUUGUGUGAUCUUGAAGACGUGCCUCCUGUCAGGACGUUCUCCUGCCUCAGGAGGCCCCACCUCAAAGCCAAUGAGAGGCAGGCUGCGCUGGGCUUUCACAUCCUGGGGAGGAGGGACAGAACUAGUGUCAUCCAGGGGCUGGACUGUGCCCUCUGCCCAAUGAAACAACUUUGUUUUCUUGUUUCCUCUGCUGAAGACCCUUGCUUUGAAGUGGCUGAACUAGGACUGGAAGGCAGGUUGGUUUCCAUAUCUGUUUCCUCCCAUGCCCAAACCAACUGCUAGUUUUCACUAUUAUAGACUCAGGUCUAUACUAUUUCCUCUGUCUGCACAUUCUUCUCUAAAAUCAGACCUAGAAGUGCCUGUCUCCCCUUCUGUUUUCUCCACAAAGCUAGACUUCUUUACUUACCCUCAUUUUCCCUCCAGACCUUGGCCUCUAAACACUUGUCUCUAUAUACUCUAUCACAAAAGGAUAGGGGUUUUGAUUUUUCCCUUUGCUAGGACAAAGCACACAAAGGAGAGGCAGUGUGGCUUUGUCAGAUGGGUGGAAAAAACUGAAGGAGUGGGAUGCACACCUGAGGGGCUCCAUAGAUGUACAGCACCAAGGGUUCAUUCUCGGGAACCACAAACCAUGCCUUGUGCCAUCCUUUCCCACCCUUCUCCAUGUAGUGCAGGAAGCUGCAGAUGACGCUGUUCUCAGCAGCCACCGAGGCCUGUUUCUGUGAUGAGAGACACGGUACAUCAGUGUUGACAGAAGGCUUUGCUCUUGGCUUAAACAGCCCCAUAGCAUAAGAACUAGGUCUCAGACAAAGGUAACAAAGCAUAUGUAGCAGAAAUGAUUUAGCCUUUGUCACCCACGUAAACAAUGGCUACUGCCUCUAACAGCUAGUGGAAGGGGUAUGCAGACCUCCGUGGGGGCACGGAAAUGCUGGCCAGACACUCUACAGACUAAGUGACAUUCACAGCUAACCUUUUCAUCUUUCAUUAUAUACUCGUCUGCUCUGAGAAAGUUCUUCUAACAUUGUGAUUAAAGGGGUGAGUUGGUGGUUAACACCAUCUGUCCCAGAAUCCUAACAAUAGAUGAACUGCAGGACUUGUGAGAAGAGCACAGAGGGUGUUUAUGAGAUCUCAAUUAGCAUAAACAAAGCAUUUAAAAUAGUCUUAGUACAGAGAAAGCUCCCUUACAUUUGGGAUACCUUGAUUUAUUUAAAAAACAGUCACCCCAAAUUGUGUAUAUUCAUGGACCUAGAAAUAUUAGAAACAUCAAUAUUGACAAUGGCAUCUUCUGGGUUAAGUAAUAUGUUGUAUUACUUAUCCUAUUUCAUAAUUUAAGAAAAGGCAAUUGAUUAUUUUUUAAAAAAUCCUAUAGACUGAGGCAGGAGAAUUGUAAAAUCAAAGCCAGCCUAGGCUAUGCAGUGAGAUUUUUGUCUCAGAUAGAACCUAGCAGUGUUUUUCUGGCUGUGCAGCCUAGCCAAAUACUCUCUCUGGGCUUCAGUUUUUCCUCAUAUGUAAAUAAAGCAUGAGUACUGUGAAGUUUAAAUGUGUAGAGUACUUUAAUAAAAAUUACUUUUAACCCUUA